AUGCUUUCAUCAAGAGCGUCAACCAGACUCUGCGCGCCGAAACAAGCGGCCCAACUCGCCCGGGCCGCGGCGCUCCACAACACCACCACCUCCUUCGCCGGCCUGCGCAUCACCACCGCCUCCUUCCAGCAGCAACACAACAACAACAUCACCACUACCACCACGACGGGCAGCCGAUCCUUCUCCACAACCCAAGCAACACAGCUCCGCGACUUCUUCCCGGCCAAGGAGACGGAACACAUCCGCCUCACGGCGCCGGCAUGGCCGCACCCGGGGUACACGGAGCAGCAGAUGCACGACAUCAUCCCGGACCACCGCAAGCCGCGCACCGUCGGCGACUGGGCGGCGUGGAAGUUUGUCCGGCUCGCGCGCUGGUUCAUGGACCGCGCCACGGGCCUCGGGUCCGAGCAGCAGGUCGACAAGAAGAAUCCCACCACGUCGCUCGUCGCUGAUAAGCCGCUCACCGAGGCGCAGUGGCUGGUGCGGUUCAUCUUCCUGGAGAGUAUUGCCGGAGUCCCGGGCAUGGUCGCCGGCAUGCUCCGCCACCUCGGCAGCCUGCGCCGCAUGAAGCGCGACAACGGCUGGAUCGAGACGCUCCUCGAGGAGUCCUUCAACGAGCGCAUGCACCUUUUGACCUUCAUGAAGAUGUCGGAGCCGGGCUGGUUCAUGAAGGUAAUGAUCCUCGGCGCCCAGGGCGUCUUCUUCAACGGUAUGUUCCUAUCGUACCUCGUCUCCCCCAAAAUCACCCACCGCUUUGUGGGCUACCUCGAGGAGGAGGCCGUGCACACCUACACACGGUGCCUCUACGAAAUUGACCAGGGCUUGUUGCCGAAAUGGUCUGAUCCGAACUUUGUGAUUCCGGAUAUUGCGGUGCAGUAUUGGAAGAUCCCCGAGGGGCAUCGGACGAUGAAGGAUUUGGUUUUGUACAUCAGGGCUGAUGAGGCCGUUCACAGAGGCGUAAACCAUACCCUCAGCAACCUUAACCAGAAGGAGGACCCGAACCCGUUCGUCAGCGAGUACAAAGACGGCGAGAAGCCCAAUGCCGCGCUGAGAGCCCAGGGAUUCGAGCGUAACGAGGUCAUUUGA